GUCGAAGCAAGCCAGAGCUGAGUGUUUGGCCAGGUCACGGGACGGGACCGCAAUGAUGAGACGGCUCUGGGAUCGGUCGGAGAUACAUUGUUCCGAUGGCCCUGUUGGAUGGCGAGAUAUAUCCAACGAGCAACGGAACCGCGAAGGGAGAAGAAGAACACCAGACCCUUAUAAUUAGUCAAGAAUGGGAUUCGGGGCUUUGAAGCAAAGGGGGGAACGGGGAAGAGGGAGCAGAGGAGUACAUUCAUUGAAUAAGAACUCCCAUCAUGAAACUAUUGACUUGUAUUGGGCCUCCAGAUCACCAAGCUAGUUUGCCUCUUGAAGUAUGAUGACGCCCAUAUAUAUCCAGCCGUUUGAUGUUAGCAUUGAUAGAUAGUACCCCAGCUAAGGUAUUCCGUGGCAAGAACUGAACAAGGACGUGUCUACAGUGGAGUUACUCCACCGCUCCCGUUCUCUAAUAAUAGAGAUAUAGUACAUAGAACAUGCACAAUCAUGUGGGCUCAUCAUGUUUCGUGAAUGUAAGGUUUUUUUGGCACCUGUGCUUGCUUACACAAAGCCUGGAUAUAUCGGAUUAAUAUUUAUCCGUGGUAUUCUGUUGUUGUUAUCGACCCAAAAAUGUCCAUCUACGACAACUCGACCAAAUCACAAUUUUCUACCACGCAGUACUCGACCCCAGAGGUGAUAGUGCCAUCUUGAAAAAAUGAAGGGAAGAAGGCUAGAUAUUCUCUUGACCAUUUAUAUGAGAAAAUAGUAAGAAGAAAAAGAAACAAGGAAACGCCCCGAUUGAACGACGGGAGCAAUUGUUUGCAACUGUUACAAGCGCCACAGUGCCAUGAUCACCCUGAUAAGACAGGUCAUUUCAACCUGAUUGGUUCCCGCAUCAGGCAAUUCAUGUCUUCAUCCUACUUCUCACUUCCGCUCGCCCCAUGGCAGCAACCAUCGAGUUUUCGUACAGCCCAGUAUGAAGCUCGCAAGCGCAAGCAAAACGUUCAAGAACCAGGGCAGGAUGUAGAAGAGCAUGAAGUAUCUAUUGCGAACACCAGUGACGAUGAUACCAGUGCGAGCAGUAGCACUGAAAGCGGUGCGGAUGAUGAGAAUGCCGCAGGCUCUGGUCCGAGGCAAUCAAUAAUUUUGACCCCAAAUGAGGCACACCAAUAUCGAGUUGCCGGCCAGCCAUUCCAUAAAGAACUUCCAGGUGGCAGUUUUCCGCAUUCAGGUUUGGGCAAGAGAAAGACUACCAAGAUUAGCCGGAAGCAGAUCGAGAAGGAGCUGUCUCAGCUAUCGCCGCCAAUCUUCAUUCCUAGAGCUGAAGUCCAGUGCAGCAGUCUGCGCUUACAGCACCUGGGUGUCAUUACAACUAUACUUCAUCGAUGCCUGUUAGAGGGAGAUUACGCGCGUGCUGGGAGGGCUUGGGGAUUGAUCCUACGGGAUGAAUUUGGGGGUCAUGGGAUAGAUGUCCGAAGUGGUGGCCGGUGGGGGAUUGGUGCAGAAAUACUCUUAUGGAGUGAUCACAAUGCGACAGCGCAUUCAUCAACAUCAACAGGGAUUGGGGAUGCCGGCAUCCCUCAUCCCCCACCUCGACGACAUUGGUUUACCCGCAGGGGAUUUGAGCGCGCCAAGAGCUACUACGAGCGCCUGAUACUCCAGUUUCCAUACCGCAAAACUGCGCCGGGAGCGCUUGGCCCACUCGAUUUCUAUCCCGCUAUGUUCGGGCUUUGGAUUUCGCUCGUGCAGGAAGAAAGUCAGUCAGCACGAGACGCUGCCAUGAUGGACAUGUCGGACACGGCAGAAAUGUACGACUUUGACGAUCCGACUCAUGAUGAUAAUAUGUCCAUCUCCAGUGAUAUGCCCCACCGGCGUCGCAGUAGUAAUAAUCGGAAGAAUGAUAUCAUUGCCAAAACUCGCCGCAAGGAACUCGCGGAAGCGGAACAGAUAGCGGCGCAGAUGGACGAGCUAUUAAUUUCCCCGCCGUUCUCGGAUAGCCAUGAGCUGCUGCAGUUACGGGGCAUGUUGUCAUUGUGGAUCGCAGAUUUAUUUAUAUCGUCUGUGUCCCCGGAAGAUGAUGAUACAGACAUGCACAUGGAUAUGAGACAUGAUGGUGACCAGACCAUGUUUUCCGAUGAAGGUGGAGGGCAGAUGGACUCAGUGCUCGCGCGUAUGGAGCGAGGGUUGGGGAUGGAGAGGAAGAUGGCGGAGAUGGAGAAGGCGAAUGUAUUCUUUGAAAAGGCAAAGGCCAAAGCGCGCAGGAAACAGACUCCAUUGUCCUCGGAUGAGGUGAAUGAGGAUGAUUCUGUUGUCUAAACUUGCGAAAUCUAAUUGGUCGUCAAGCUGAUUUACGAUGACCGUGUAUACUAUCUAGGGCAUAGGAGGUGUAGUCAAAGACACUGCGCCUUUAAUUAUUACGUUUUUUUUUGCGGUAUACUUGUGUCAGGGCGCGACUUGACAUGGCUUUAAUAGUAUCUUUUCUGGUUGUACAUGAUGCGAUGACAGAUGCUUAUAUUAGAUUUCUGGACUAGCCUGGUAUGUAAGCCUAGUUAGAAGGCAACCAAAUAUACCUGCCCUUAAUGUUUCAUAAAUAUGCCAGUCAACGGAAUGACAAUACUGUCACCAAUAUAUUACACUGACAAGAUGAAGGCAAAACGAACGAGAAGGAGUAAAAACAUCCCCAAUAAGGGGCGUGGAUGUGAAUGUGUUAACGACCGAGUCAGGUGGAUAAGGUCAUGUG